ACGCGGCGGGUGGAGCCUGGCGGCGGCGGCCUCGGCAGGGGAGGGAGCGGAGCCGGGGGGGUGGCUGACAGGCCGGCAGGAUGCUGGAGAUUCAGCUGGACGAUGGCGGCGUGGGGGGGUACCCGGGCGACGAUUACUGCUCGGGGUCGGUGAUGUCGGAGCGGGUCUCGGGCCUCGCCAACAGCAUCUACCGUGAGUUCGAGCGGCUGAUCCACUGCUACGACGAGGAAGUGGUGAAGGAGCUGAUGCCGCUGGUGGUGACAGUGCUGGAGAACCUGGACUCGGUGCUCACCGACAACCAGGAGCACGAGGUGGAGCUGGAGCUGCUGCGGGAGGACAACGAGCAGCUCCUCACGCAAUACGAGCGGGAGAAGGCGCUGCGCAAGCAGGCCGAGGAGAAGUUUAUAGAGUUUGAAGAUGCACUGGAGCAGGAAAAGAAAGAACUACAAAUCCAAGUGGAACACCUUGAAUUUCAGACUCGACAGCUGGAGCUGAAGACCAAAAAUUAUGCAGAUCAGAUUUCACGACUGGAGGAACGUGAAUCAGAAAUGAAGAAAGAGUAUAAUGCUCUACAUCAACGUCACACAGAGAUGAUCCAGACCUAUGUGGAACACAUUGAGCGAUCCAAGAUGCAGCAGGUUGGGGGAAAUAAUCAAACUGAGGGGAGUCUACCUGGGAGAAGUCAUCGCCAGUCAUGGAGGAAAAGCAGGAAGGAACGUCCUAACUCUCUGAAUGUCUUCCCCCUCGCGGAUGGCAUGGUACGUGGGCAGAUAGGGGCCAAGAUCGUCCCAACACUGGACCACUGGCACCUGAGUGACCUCGGCCAGCUGCAGUCCAACUCCAGCUACAAGUGCCCCCAAGAUGAAAUGUCCGAAUCUGGGCAGUCCUCAGCAGCUGCCACACCGAGCACUACUGGAACCAAAUCCAACACCCCCACGUCAUCUGUGCCCUCUGCGGCCGUCACACCCUUGAAUGAGAGCAUCCAGCCCAUCGGCGAAUACAAUGGCUUGACCAAGAGCAAUAAGAGAGCACGAGAAAAGCGUAACAGCCGGAACAUGGAAGUCCAGGUCACGCAGGAGAUGAGGAAUGUCAGCAUCGGAAUGGGCAGCAGUGAUGAGUGGUCCGAUGUUCAGGACAUCAUAGACUCUACUCCAGAGCUGGAUAUGUGUCAAGAUCCCCGCCUAGAACGCACCGGUAACAGCCCAACACAGGGGAUUGUGAACAAAGCAUUUGGCAUCAACACAGACUCUCUGUAUCAUGAACUUUCCACAGCAGGGUCUGAAGUUAUCGGGGAUGUUGAUGAAGGAGCAGAUCUGCUAGGGGAGUUCUCAGUACGGGAUGAUUUCUUUGGAAUGGGCAAAGAAGUGGGGAAUCUACUGUUGGAGAACUCACAGCUACUGGAGACCAAAAAUGCUUUGAACGUUGUGAAGAAUGAUUUGAUUGCCAAGGUGGACCAGCUGUCUGGAGAGCAAGAAGUGCUGAAGGGAGAGCUUGAAGCAACAAAGCAGGCCAAAGCCAAAAUGGAGACCAGAGUCAAGGAGCUGGAGGAGGAGCUGAAAAGAGUGAAAUCUGAAGUGAUUGUUGCUCGACGAGAACCCAAAGAGGAGGUGGAGGAUGUAAGCAGCUAUCUCUGUACAGAAUUGCAGUGCUCCUCCCCCCUGCAGGACAACAUUCCCAUAGCUCAGCGCCGCCGCUUCACCCGUGUGGAAAUGGCCCGGGUUCUGAUGGAGCGUAAUCAAUACAAAGAGAGGCUGAUGGAGCUCCAGGAGGCUGUCAGGUGGACAGAAAUGAUCAGAGCUUCCCGUGAGCACCCAUCCGUCCAGGAGAAAAAGAAAUCCACCAUUUGGCAGUUUUUCAGCCGUCUGUUUAGCUCUUCCUCAAGUCCCCCACCAGCAAAGAGGACCUACCCAUCAGUGAACAUCCACUACAAGUCUCCAACAACAGCCGGGUUCAGCCAGCGUCGCAGUCACACCAUGUGCCAGAUCUCCUCUGGCAGCCGCACUUUGGAGUUCUUCCCUGAGGAUGAUUGUACGUCCUCAGCACGUCGCGAGCAGAAACGGGAGCAGUACCGCCAGGUCCGGGAGCAUGUGCGGAAUGACGAUGGGCGGUUGCAGGCCUGUGGCUGGAGCCUCCCUGCCAAGUACAAGCAGCUGAGUCCCAAUGGUGGUCAGGAAGACACCCGCAUGAAAAAUGUCCCCGUGCCCGUAUAUUGUCGCCCACUAGUAGAGAAGGACCCAACCAUGAAGCUAUGGUGUGCAGCUGGAGUCAAUCUCAUGGGAUGGAGACCUUUGGAGCAGGAGCCUGGGAAUGGGCAGAAAUUGGAUCCUGGACGUGAUCCCCUCACCUGUGAUAGGGAAAUGGAAGACGAGAGCAACAAAAGUAAUCAUACAUCUCCUGAAAAGAAAAAGGCAAAGGAGCUUCAUGAAAUGGAUGCCACAUCCAGUCGUCUCUGGAUAGUCACUAGUACACUGUCAACAAGUAAAGUUGUAAUUAUUGAUGCCAAUCAACCUGGCACAGUGGUGGACCAGUUCACUGUCUGCAAUGCUCAUGUGCUCUGCAUCUCCAGCAUCCCUGCGGCCAGUGAGAAUGAUUAUCCUCCAGGCGAGAUCUUUCUGGAGGGAGAUGUAAAUCCUGAAGAGUCGUCUGGAACAGAUGGUGUCUUGGCAGGAAUCACUUUGGUGGGCUGUGCGACCCGAUGCAAUGUGCCACGAAGCAACUGUUCCUCACGUGGUGACACACCUGUGCUGGACAAGGGACAGAGUGAGGUGGCUGCUGUCUGCAAUGGGAAGAUCAACCAGUCCCAGUCUACUGAGGAGGCAACAGAAGCUACGGAGGUACCUGAGAACAGUACAAGCGAGGCAGAGCCUGCUCAGGCCCGGCCUGGGACCCUCACGGAGCACGUGUUCACAGAUCCAGUCCCUGCACCCGCACCUCUUAUGCAGAAUGGGGAGAAUGGGCAGCUGAAGACAGAGUCCAGCACAACACUGGCAGAUCAGGAGCUGAAUGGGGAUUCUGCUGGGACUUGCACCAGUGCUGCGCCCACCAUGUGGCUGGGAGCACAGAAUGGCUGGCUUUAUGUGCACUCGGCUGUAUCCAACUGGAAGAAGUGUCUGCACUCGAUAAAGCUGAAGGACUCUGUACUGAGUCUAGUGCAUGUGAAAGGGAGGGUGCUUGUUGCUCUGGCAGAUGGAACACUAGCCAUAUUCCAUCGGGGAGAAGAUGGUCAGUGGGAUCUCAGUAAUUACCACCUAAUGGACCUCGGUCACACUCACCAUUCCAUCCGCUGCAUGGCUGUUGUGUAUGAUAGAGUCUGGUGUGGCUACAAGAACAAAAUCCAUGUUAUCCAGCCUAAGACAAUGCAGAUUGAGAAAUCCUUUGACGCCCACCCUCGGCGGGAGAGUCAGGUGCGACAGCUGGCAUGGAUUGGAGAUGGAGUAUGGGUUUCUAUCCGCUUGGACUCCACUCUGAGACUUUACCACGCCCACAGCCAUCAACAUCUGCAAGAUGUCGACAUUGAGCCUUACGUCAGCAAGAUGCUAGGCACUGGAAAGCUGGGCUUCUCAUUCGUGCGGAUUACAGCCCUGCUCAUCGCUGGCAACCGCCUCUGGGUAGGGACAGGGAAUGGUGUUGUCAUCUCCAUUCCAUUGACUGAGACUGUAGUCCUCCACCGAGGCCAACUCCUUGGGCUCCGGGCCAACAAGACCUCUCCAACCUCUGGAGAGGGCAGCCGCUCUGGCGGGGUCAUCCACGUGUACGGUGAUGAUAACAGUGACAAAUCUGCCAGCAGCUUCAUUCCCUACUGCUCCAUGGCUCAGGCACAGCUCUGUUUCCACGGCCACCGUGAUGCUGUCAAGUUCUUCGUCUCUGUACCUGGCAACGUCCUAGCAACCCUGAAUGGGAGUGUGUUGGACAGCCCUUCAGAGAACCCCAGCACAGCGGCCACAGAGACCGAGGGGCAGAAGCUGAAGAACGUCCUGGUGCUGAGUGGAGGAGAAGGGUACAUCGAUUUCCGGAUUGGGGAUGGAGAAGAUGAUGAGACAGAGGAGAAUGCAGGAGAUGCCACCCAGGUGAAGCCAGUACUUUCCAAGGCUGAAAGAAGCCACAUUAUUGUGUGGCAAGUAUCAUAUAUCCCGGAGUGAGAAUUUCUCCUUUCCCACCAAUGUAAGUGUCCCUCCUUCCACCUGAAUGCCAAAAUGUACAUACAGAAUGCCUGCAUUAUACCUACUGCUGGAAACCGACCCCAGACAACUGCAAUGGCUCCUGCCUCGGACUGUGACUCCCUUCUAACCUCUGAACUCGCAGCUUUCAUCUUGGGCCCGUGCACUUUCUGUGUGGUUGGAUUAUUGUUCUGCUCUGGAGUUGGCAUCUACAAGGAGAGAAAUGGCAGUGCAUCAAUGAAGUUUGGAGCUCGAACUGUGUAAAGCCUUUGCCCAAUGAUCGGGAGCUGGCAGCUUGAUGGGUGGUGGCUCAGGUUCUCCGGAAGGUUGCCUCAUUCCCACCUGCAUGAGAAGUAAU